UGAGCGGAGCCGUCUCUUGCCUCGGCUGCGGGAGGAAGCCACUUCCGGUGUUGUGUUCCUGGAGCUGCGGCUGCGUCUCGCCCCGGCCCGAACCCAGCGACCGUCCGCCCCGGGCCAUGGACUCCCACGGCAGGGAAGAGCCACGGGGGCCCGUGCUGCACAUCGUGGUGGUCGGAUUUCACCACAAGAAGGGCUGCCAGGUGGAGUUCUCCUUCCCGCCGCUGCUGCCGGACCAAGGUCACGACAGCAGCCUGCUGCCCGAGGAGUGGAAGUACCUGCCGUUCCUCGCGCUGCCCGACGGCGCCCACAACUUCCAGGAGGACACGGUGUACUUCCACCUCCCACCGCUGGGCGGCGACAUGAAGUGUGUUUACGGGGUCUCGUGUUACCGACAAAUCGAAGCGAAGGCUCUGAAGGUGCGGCAGGCCGACGUGACCCGUGAGACGGUGCAGAAGAGCGUGUGUGUCCUCAGUCGCGUGCCUCUCUUCGGCCUCCUCCAAGCCAAGCUGCAGCUCAUCACUCACGCCUACUUCGAGGAGAAAGACUUCUCCCAGAUCUCCAUCCUGCAGGAGCUGUUCGAGCACAUGAACGGCUCGCUGGGCGGCUCCAGCCUGGAGGGCUCUCAGCUCCACCUGGGUUUGUCGCCGCGAGACCUGAUCCUGCACUUCCGACACAAGGUCCUGAUCCUCUUCAAGCUCAUCCUGCUGGAGAAGAAGGUCCUGUUCUACGUGUCCCCGGUCAGCCGGCUGGUGGGAGCUCUGAUGACGGUGCUGUCGCUCUUCCCGGGCAUGCUGGAGCACGGACUGGUGGACUCGUCGCACUACCGGCCGCGGGGCAGCGUGUCGGAGGACGGCGCGCUCGGGGAGGAGUUUGUGUCGGUGUCGGUCACUGAUCUGGCCGACGGCGGGUCGUCUGGCUCAGAAGGGAACCACCUCCUCAAACCCCCGACCAGAACUUCGCCGGACUCCUCGGAGAGCGACUGGGAGACUCUGGACCCCAGCGUGCUGGACGACGCCCCCAAGGGGGCAGAGGCAGCACCCGAGCCAGCGGCAGACGCGGAGACGGGCGUGCCCAUCACCGUGCAGCCGCAGGCAGCGAGCCCGGGUGCCGUGACUCAAGGCCUGGUGUCCGGACUGGAGGAGGACCAGUACGGUCUCCCGCUGGCCGUCUUCACCAAGGGAUACCUGUGCCUGCCCUACAUGGCGCUGCAGCAGCACCACCUGCUGUCGGACGUGACAGUCCGUGGCUUCGUCGCCGGGGCGACCAACAUUCUGUUCCGCCAGCAGAGACACCUGAGCGACGCCGUGGUGGAGGUGGAGGACGCGGCCAUCCACAUCCAGGACCCGGAGCUGAGGAAGGUCCUGAGUCUGACCACGGCGGACCUGCGCUUCGCGGACUACCUGGUGAAGCACGUGACAGAGAACAGGGACGACGUCUUCCUGGACGGGACGGGCUGGGAGGGCGGCGACGAGUGGAUCCGGGCCCAGUUCACGCUCUACCUGCACUCGCUGCUGUCCAGCGUCCUGCAGCCAGACAGCGAGCGGCUGCUGGCCGACUACGGCGCCGGCUUUGUCGGCGCCUGGAAAAACACGCACAACUUCAGGGUCUGGUACAGCAACAAGCACGUUGCCAUGACGACCGUCACGCCGGGUCACCUGUUCCAGGGUCACUACAGCGUGGCUGAUGUGAAACUGCGACUGUCCCACUCGGUGCAGAACAGCGAGCGCGGGAAGAAGAUCGGGAACGCCAUGAUGACCACGAGCCGCAGCGUGGUGCAGACGGGAAAGAUCGUGGGUCAGUCGGUGGGCGGAGCCUUGACCAGUGCCAAGUCGGCCAUGUCCUCCUGGUUCUCCACGCUGUCUCCCGCUCCAGAACCAACCACUGUGACCCCUGACCCCGAGAAACGGACCUGCUGAGCACACGUUUCCACUGGCUGCUUUCUUCCGGGACCAGAGCCACGUUCCUCCACUGUGAGCUCAAACCCAGACCCUCCUGCCAGUUCUCCUCAUGCUGGACGUGACCCGUGAGACACGAGCUCGCCGCUGCCGUCGGCGCUCGCCCAAGACCUUCAUUUUAGUGACGGACAUCAACACAUGCUGGUCGUCAUGGUAACGGUGUGAAGGCUGGGCCGGUCAGCAGGGGGCAGUGUUGCUCACUGGCCUUCAGCAGCAAGCGACCCACCAUCAUGGCGACAACCUUUUUAACCUAUUCACCACUGUUCCGUUUUUAAUCGCUGAAUCGAUGAUGGCUAAAUUUGACUUCCACUUAGUGUGUCAUGAGCGAGGCUUCACACUGUGGUGUGGCUCAGACAGGAGCUUGGUCUGUCACCAUGGCAACAGACGCUGGUCCUGUUCCUGUCUUUUCUGUGCUCAGUCAUUUCUGGACCUGACUGUGGAGCGAACGCGUCUGUGACGCGUGGCUCCUGGAACCAGCGGAUAUCAACUCGCAACCCAGUCUGUUCGCGUCCGAGCUGCGACAGUUGUGCUCUUGCUCCUCACCUCAAGCCCUUCACGUCGCUGCCCGAGAACCAUGUGACCCCGCGGUGCGUCCGUCUGUCCAGUGGAGCUAAAGAUGUAUUUAUUCUGGGUGUUUGCCGUGGCGCCCCCAAGUCACCAGGUCCUGUUAGCAUGCUGUCAGCGCCUCAGCCGUGACCUUCGACCCGACUGCUUUUGUUUUCUACUUGGUGUUUUGGAGUGGAGUGUUCCGACUGAACGGAGAGUGAGACGCUCUACUGCUGAAUAAAAAAGUACUUUCACCUCCUUCGGACGGUUCGGCUGUUUGUGCUCCAGUCUCCCCGGGUUUCUCAGGUCCGGACCUCCACGGCGGGCAGGAUGAGGAACAGACGCCCU